AUGGAAAACCAACAAAGUAUUAAUUUGGAAGAAGAAUUGGAAGCCCCAGAAGCUGUACAUACAGGACCUAAAGGGGUGAUCAACGAUUGGAGGAAAUUUAAAUUGGAGAGUCAAGACCAAGAACGUCUUCCUCCAAGCAAGAGAGAGCUCCUCAUCAGACAAAUCUCUUCGCCCUACAACUGUCAAAGCAGAGAUCACAAAGACAUCAGAGAACGUGUCAGUCGUAAGAUGAGUAUGCAGGAGUAUGAGUUGCUGAAUGUCAAAGAAGAUGAGAGCUGUUUGAAGCAAUACCGGAAACGUUGCAUGAAGAAUAUGCACGAGAGACUGAGCUUUGCGCCAAGGCACGGCUGCGUUUCCGAGCUGCAGGAUGGGAAGGAAUUCUUGGAAGCUGUGGAGAAAGAACACAAAGCCACCACUGUAAUUGUCCACAUCUACGAAGAUGGCAUCAAGGAGUGUGAGGCACUCAACAGCAGCCUCACUAGUCUCGCUGCUGAGUACUCCAUUGUGAAAUUCUGCAAAAUCAAGGCUGCUAACACAGGGGCAGGAGACCGUUUCUCCAGCGAUGUUCUCCCAACCCUUCUUGUCUACAAAGGUGGGCAGCUUGUAAGCAAUUUCAUUAGUGUAACUGACCAGUUGAAUGGCGAAUUUUCUGCUACAGAUGUGGAGACUUUCUUGAAUGAGUAUGGGCUACUCCCUCAGAAAGGAAUUCCAGAACUUGACAGUGAUGAUGUGGAGGAACAAGAGGUUGAACAGUAG